GAAAAUGCGAAAUGUAAUGUAAUUGCGAUAAUAUCUGAAAUUUAGACUUGGGCAAACGUAAACGUAGUCUGAUUAUCGAUGCCUUCGGAUGCGAAAAAACGACGUGAUGCUGCUAAGAAACAGGCGGUUAAGAAUCGUAAUAGAUUCCGCGACCAAAAAUUGGAAAAUAACGAAGGUAUCGGGUCACCUGCUCGAGAAGAAAACCCACAUAUCCAAAAUGGCGACGUUUCUAUGACAAUACCAUCUAUAAAUGAUGUUAUCGAUGUAGCUGCUGCGAUGCUUGAAAAAAUGGAAUUGGAAAAUGCGAAGGCGAGAUCAGUUGCAGGAGCACUAACUUCUCAUCCAUUAUCUAUGGAUCUAAAAAUAGAAGGAUUGACGGUGACAUUUCACGGACGCGAAAUUGUGACAGACACAAAACUUGAAUUAAACAUGGGACGUCGUUAUGGUCUUAUUGGUUUAAACGGAAGUGGAAAAUCUACUUUGAUGCAAGCAAUAUUUCACCGGGAAAUGCCAAUUCCUGAUCACGUCGAUAUGUUCUUGGUAUCUCGUGAAAUGGCUGCUUGUAAUGAUAGUGCCCUCAAGGUAGUGUGCGAUGUUGAUGAACAGAGAAAAGCACUCGAGAAGCAAGCUGAGGAAUUGGCGACUUCGUCGGACGAUGAAAGUCAAGAAAAACUAUUAGAUAUCUAUGAUCGUCUGGAAGAAAUGGAUGCUGAUAGAGCAGAAGCAAAGGCUGCCGAAAUAUUGUAUGGUCUUGGUUUCACUAGGCAAAUGAUGCUUAAGAAAUGCAAGGAUUUUUCAGGAGGUUGGCGAAUGCGAAUUGCGUUAGCGCGAGCACUGUAUCUGAAACCAUCACUGUUAUUAUUGGACGAACCGACCAAUCAUCUUGAUUUGGAAGCCUGUGUAUGGCUUGAAAAAGAGCUUGCCGCGUACAAAAGGACUUUAUUAAUCGUUUCGCACUCACAGGAUUUUAUGAAUGGUGUCUGCACAAAUAUCAUUCAUUUGUUCCAAAGGAAGUUAGAAUACUACGGAGGUAAUUAUGAUAUAUACGUACGCACCCGGACCGAAUUGCUUGAAAAUCAAAUGAAACGUUACAAGUGGGAACAAGAUCAAUUGCAGCACAUGAAGGAAUACAUCGCAAGAUUUGGGCAUGGCAGCGCUAAACUUGCCCGUCAAGCUCAGAGCAAAGAAAAAACGAUGGCUAAGAUGGUAGCUGUUGGAUUAACCGAAAAAGUUGUUACAGAGAAGGUAAAACAGUUUUACUUUUUUGAUCCUGGUACAAUUCCACCUCCCGUUAUAAUGGUGCAGCAUGUAUCUUUUCAAUAUAAUGAAAAAACUCCAUUAAUUUACAAAGAUCUCGAUUUUGGAAUAGAUCUUGAUACUCGUAUCGCGCUAGUUGGCCCAAAUGGAGCAGGCAAAUCGACACUAUUGAAGUUGAUAUCAGGCGAUGUGAUGCCAUCAAAUGGCCUUAUAAGGCGUCACUCACAUUGCAAAAUAGGACGCUAUCAUCAGCAUUUGCACGAAGAAUUACCGCUGGAAAAGUCUGCGUUGGAAUAUUUGAUGAUGUCAUUUCCAGACGUUAAAGAGAAAGAGGAGAUGAGGAAAAUUAUCGGACGUUAUGGAUUAACUGGGAGAGAGCAGGUUUGUCCGAUGAAGCAACUAUCAGAUGGACAACGAUGUAGGGUAUCAUUUGCUUGGUUAGCAUGGCAACAACCGCAUCUUUUGUUGCUUGAUGAACCUACCAAUCAUCUUGAUUUGGAAAGUAUUGAUGCAUUAGCAGAAGCAAUUAACUGUUUUCGAGGAGGGAUGAUUCUAGUUUCUCAUGAUUUCCGUUUGGUGCAUCAGGUAGCUGAGGAGAUAUGGGUAUGUGAUAAGCAAACAGUUACAAAAUGGGAUGGUGAUAUUUUCACAUACAAAAAUCAUCUGCGUAAGGCAAUCGAGAAACAUUCUUCGGAGGUGGUGGAACGAUAAUACUUCAUCCUAAUUGUUUUAGUAAUUUGUGUUGCAAUUGAGGAUUCUUCUGAUGAAGAGAUUAACUCUCUAGUGGGAUAAACGACUUUUCGUUUGCUUUAUAUGAGAAUACUUUUUAUAUCAGCAAGCUUGACUUAGUUUUUUUUUCGCAGUUCUUACUUUCCAGCUCUUCCGGGUUUAGUGUAUUUCUGGCUCCUCACAAUAGUGAAUUGUAAAUUUCAAUGAAAUCAGGCGAAAAUAUUUCGAUUAAUGCUGAUAAGGAAGUAUGUCCGCCGUAUAUGUGUGUGUUUUUCUUUUAUCUCUCUUUGAGCAAAUGAUAAACAUUGUUGAUUUUUCAUGAAUGAUGAAUGAUAAAAAUUAAAACAACUCGCUUUAUCAUCAUUUAUCGUGACAGAUACAGUUUGUAAUAGUUGUCAAAGAUAGACUUAAAAAUCACUGACAAUGUUUCUUUAUUAAAUGUUAGAAAGUGAUCGAUCUGACAAUAGUCUGAUAUCUUUCAACAUCAACAAAUAAUAUCACAUAAUCAUUCUUCGAAGCAAUCACAUUAAAAUCAC